AUGACAACGCAUACGGAUAAAUCAAAGCUUACAUUGUAUGGAGCGGUGUAUUGCCCUUUUGUGCAUCGAGCACGAGUUGCAUUAGCAGAAGCAGACGCUGAUUACAAUUAUGUUAUCAUUGACACAAAGAACAAGCCAGAGUGGUAUAAGGACGUGUACCCAGAGACUAAAAUACCUGCACUUACAGAUGAGUCAGGAACGACUGUUGGUGAAUCCAUUGUCGUUGCUGAAUACGUUUGUGAGCGAUUCAAGGAGAAAAAUUUGGUGUCUCAAGAUGUGAUGAAGAGAGCUACAAGUCGCUUUGCUGCCAACUUUUAUAAUGAAAAGAUCAGUGGUGAUUACCACAAGUUUCUUUACAAUUUCUCUGCCGAGGGCGCUUUUGAGACAUAUGAAAAGGAAUUGAAUGUACAUCUGUAUAGGCUCAAUCGCUUGCUGUUGGAGCAAUCUUCCUCAGGACCAUACUUUCUGGGCGAGCCGUUUUCUUUUGCGGAUACAACCAUGGCACCUUUUGUAAUCCGCAUGUUGAUAUUCAACCGUCGAUUUUUGGAUGGCUAUGAGUUUGAAGCAGUUAAACAAUGCCCUCGACUCGCUGAAUAUUUCGCUGCGCUUGUUGAUCGACCUUCUGUUCAGGCAACGUUCUUUGGAGAGGAUGCAUACAUUGCAAUGGUGGGCACUCGCUUCAACAUUUGGAAGAAGGGUGUCAAUGUAUGA